ACACAAUCAAAACAGUAGCGGCGGCAGCGACAGGCAACCGCAACAGCUUAUAACCAACCAAUAACGCUCACCAGCAACAUCUCUGAAAACAUCAGUCAACAUAAGCGGUACAACGCGUUCAGUAUAAAUCGUCGCGUAUCGGUUGAGCGGCGCUGUAGUAGCAUUGAACAGCCGGAGAUAUAAAGUACGUUGAUGUGGCGAAACCUUUUUUAAGGGUUUUCGUUCGACGAAGUUUGGAUGUCGGUGGAUUGUUAGAGGUGUUUUGGUUUUACCUUUUGAUUUUCGAUCAAAUCGACGGUGAAAUUGACUUGGAGUGUUCAGUCGAUCGUGCGGUCCAAUUGCUGGUGUAUGAAAAGUUUGUGUACUGUGGAAAAGAAAAACUUAUCACGCACGCAAAAAUUUAAUACCACGAGCAGCGGUACCACAAAAAGUGCAAAGUUCAAAACAGAAAUUUCUCUCAUACACAAACAAAGGAUAAUAUAAAUAGUUGAAGCAAUGAAAAAAUGUUUGGCCUGAAAAUGUGCGCUACUAAAACAACGACAACAACAACAACAACAUGCCAUAAUAGCAAUAAGAGAAAUGUUUGCGUAAAAUACAGUGUAUUGAAGCGUGCGCCAGUGAAGUUGCAUAAGACGAACAACAAUAACAACAACAAAAGCAUGCAAAUAAGCAAAAUCAGUUGCGGAGUUAAUAGCAGCAACAACAAAAAGUGCAAAUUUCAGUGCAACAUUGUGAUUGUUAUAGAUAGCCACAAUUAUAUGGAUUGUUGUGGCAUAAGUGGCGACAAUAAAGUAAACAACGGCUAUAAAGGCAACAACAACGACAAAACAGCAACAGCAACAAGUGCAGCAGCAGCAGCAGCAGCAAUUGUUUAGCUCAUUACUGGCCUUCAUAAACAACGAGUUGUAUGCAUGCAACGGCGGAACAACAACAACAACAAACGAAAGUGUUAACACAAAAAGAGGCAACAACAAUACACAUUUGAGAUUUGUUUUGCUUAACAAAUGUGUGCGAAAAAAUAAAAUUAAAUUGGCGCAAAGAAGUUGAAGCAAAAUGAAUAAAUUAAUAAAAUGGAAAAAUAUUUGUUGAUAUGCGCACACGAGCAACAACAACAACAAAAAUAUAACAACAGUGUCUGUGUUAAAAAUAAUAAUAAACGUAAAAAAACAAUAAAAAUUAAUAAUUAAAGAACAAAAAACAAAAAAAAAACACCAAAAACCAGACAAACAACGUCAUCGGUGAUAAAUAGAACUCACUUUUAGUACCAAAAUGCAUACAACAAAGAACCCAAUCUAGUAUUUAUCAGAAUAGGCUACGUAAAAUUAAUUCACUUGCCAAUAUAUACACAUACAAACAUACAUAUGUAUGUGCGAAUAUAAAGAAUUGUGUGUGCCCGUGCAAGCAAAGCGCGAACUAUCAACAACGCAAGGAGGGAAACGAGGCACAGCACUCGCAUAAGCCAUCUACAGCUGCAUAAAAAUUUUGUCAGUAUUUCAAAGCAUCCUAAAAACAAGAACACGUGUAUUUUUGCGUGAAUGCAUUUGUUUGUUUAACGCUCAAACGCAUUAGCUCCUACACGUACACACAUACAUUCAUACAUAUAGACAUAAAUUUAUAUGUGCUUCUUCGUAUCGCAAUUUGCCUACACAAUGCCGGAGAUCAAACGCAAUCUGAGCCGCCUCUCUAUGCUGAUGUUUCGGCCAACGCAUUCCAAUGAGCCUGGCUGGCGUGCAGAGCUCUUAAGGUAUAGACAGACACGUUUUAGUUCGCGACGUGUACGAAAACGUGUUAUCUUCAAGCAUGGCGAGUGUAAUGUGGUUCAAGGCAAUGUGGCGAAACGGCGACGCAGGUAUCUGCAGGACAUAUUUACCACGCUGGUUGAUGCACAAUGGCGUUGGACGAUGCUUGUUUUUGCGCUCAGUUUCCUCAUCUCAUGGGCGCUCUUUGCGUUUGUGUGGUGGGUGAUCGCGUAUGCGCAUGGCGAUUUCGAAUUUAUCUAUAAUCGUGAUUUCUUUCCCGAACGCAAUGAGAAUGUGACGCAUCGCAUGUGUGUGACGGAGGUGCGUAGCUUUGUCUCAGCCUUUCUCUAUUCGGUGGAAACACAAACAACAAUAGGAUAUGGUAAUCGUUAUGUAACGGAGGAGUGCCCAGAGGCGAUAUUCAUUAUGUGUUUACAAUGUAUUUUGGGCGUAUUCAUACAAGCAUUUAUGGUGGGCAUUGUAUUUGCGAAAUUAUCGCGUCCAAAAAAGCGCGCACAAACGUUGCUCUUCUCGCGAAAUGCUGUGAUUUGUCAUCGGGAUGGGGUGCCAUGUCUGAUGUUUCGGGUGGGUGAUAUGCGAAAGAGUCACAUUAUUGAGGCGCAUGUGCGGGCGCAAAUUAUAAGGAAGAAGGUCACAAAAGAGGGUGAAAUAUUGCCAUUCUAUCAACAAGAGCUAACGGUCGGUGCAGACGGUGGAGAAGAUCGUCUAAUGUUCAUUUGGCCAACGACGAUCGUACACAAAAUCGAUCGCAAUAGUCCGCUGUAUAUGCUUUCGGCGUCCGAUAUGCUGAAGGAACGCUUUGAAGUUGUUUGCAUGCUGGAGGGUGUCAUCGAGUCUACUGGCAUGACGACACAGGCGCGCAGCAGUUACCUGCCUUCGGAGAUCCUUUGGGGUCAUCGUUUCGUGAAUGUGGUCUCGUUUCGCAAGGAGACCGGAGAGUAUGAAGUAGACUACACGCUUUUCAAUAACACCUACGACGUGGAUACGCCACUGUGUAGCGCCAAACAGUUGGAUGAUGUGAAGGCGGAGUAUGCGAAAAACUCUAAAUUGGGUUUAGAACGCGCCUUCUCCGCCGGUCUAAUGCAUAUUCCAUCUACCAUAUCCGUAGAUCGACUGGAUCCGAAUAGCGACGAGUCGUUGGACUCACGUUUGCACACACGCAACAAUUCCAUCCCCAAUGGGGUGUUGGCCGAGGAGUUGCAACCGUUAAAUUGUGGCGGUGGCGGGAGCAACAAUGGCAGCUAUCAUUAUGUGCCACCCUCAUUCACAGUAGGCGGCUCAGCGAUACAGUUACCCUCGUUGGCACUCUCCACAAAUCUACAUAGUAUUAAUGAGAAAACGAAUUCCGGCAGCAGCAGCAGCAGCAGCACCAACAAUCUCACUAUUAAUUCCACCACCACCACGCCGAAUACGCUGUCACCGGCUACGGCGCUUAUGGCGAAUAACAAUAACAACAACAACAAUAAUACCAGUCAUGAUAAAAGCAAUGGUAACGGGGGUAGUAUUAUGAAAAAGACACCAUCGAGUAGUCGACGUUUAUCGAUAAAACAAGAUCAAUUGUCGAUUGAUUCGAUUUGCUGAUAUUGGAGGAAGCGCAUGGUGAAUGCUUGCAAAGAGUGAGAAUGAGAGAAGUGAGUGAGGUUUUAAGCGAUUAUUACAAAAACUAUUGUUAUUGAAGAUGGAGAUGGUGUGAUGGCAAAAGAGCGAGCGACUCGCCAUUUGUACAGAAUUAUCGAUUUGUGUGUAUUUGUGGCGCUAUGCUGCAACUGGGAACUCUAGGAAUUGAUGAUGAAUGUAUUUGUGUAGCAACGAUUGUUUGUAUGCAAAUUCCUGCCGGGGUUGGCGUUUCCAAUGCAAAGAAUUUAAUUUUUCUCUUAAAAUUAAGUUAAAAAAAAUUAAUUAAUAUUUAAUUAAAAUACCAUAAUUGUGUAGAAACACAGAUUUAAAUGUAUUUGCAAGUCAUAGGCGCAACUUAGCUGUAGGUUUUUGUAAUUAUAAGUUAAUAUAAGUUUAACUAAAAAAGUAAACUAAAAACUAAUCGGCUGGUUAAAAUGGGCAGUGAAAUGCGUAUAUCAGCCUGUUGGGCAGCUGUUCAAACGCGGCGAAAUCGAUAGCUUUCCAAUUUAGUAACUGAUUCUAAUUGAUUAAUGCAAUUCAUGUAAUCGAGGACUUCACCGUUAUUCAAGUUGCUCAAUUUACGAUUAUUGGUUGUUGUUGAUUAUAAGAAUCAAGCGGAUGCUCGCCUUCAGUUCAUUAAAAUAUCAGUUAGUCGACUAAAUGCCCGAUAGUUAGUCGAUUAGUGAGCAACAAAUCGUCAAUUAAACUUUUAUUCGUCACUUCGACUGCUUAUCAUCCAUCCUCCUUUGCAGUUAUUAGUUAAUUCGCUUGCAUUCGUAACACGAGAAUUUAUACUUUUUUAUAAUAUGAUUUUUAUCGACAUUUUUUUUAUGGACAUAGAACUUCUUAGGGGAAAUGCAGUGUUUAAGAAAGUUUUAUUUUCAAAAUUUUCAAGACAUAAUUAUACAUAGGCAUACAUACGUACACAUGCAUAGAUAUAAUUAAUUACAUACGUACAUAGAUGAUACAAAACGAAACCAACAACAACAACAAAAAACCAAAAGCAAAAAAACAAAACACAAAGAACUUUCCACAUGUAGAACAAAGAAAUUUUUGCUUCAGAAAGGGAUCCAUGAAAGGAUGCACCGCCGUGCUAAAAAUUACUAGUACGCGCAUAUUCCAAGCUUUUAGUAAGCACUACCAUUGCUUAUGUUGGCAAAAUUCUAACUUUUAAUUUGUUACUGUAGCACUUUUCAACUAUUAUAAAUGUUUUAUCCUUUUUCUCAAUUAGUUUUAGCACAUAGAGCAAUUGAAAAAUUUAUUAUAGUCACUAAGCUUAUAAUCUAAGACCAAAAAAUUUUAAACAUACUAUAAAAUAGCAAAAAAGAAAAAAAAUACAAAUUUAAAUAGUGGCUGGAAUUGACUUUUAAACUAAAGCAACAAGUAAGUUUUACAAAGAAAACUCAAAAGAAACAAUAGAGCUGUGGAAAAUACCGAAAAAGUGAAUUACGAAACUUUAUACGUUUUCGAAUGCAUCCAAGCGGGCUGUCGAAAAUAGGCGCACUCGAAAACUCACACAAUUCAUAUAAAAUAACUGCAAACUGAAUGCGAACAAUUUUAGUUAUUUGCAUAGCCGACUUUUAGGCGCCUGCUUUGAAAGCAUUCCAAAACUGGUUGUUUUCAAAACUUUACCAAUUCUUAACCAUUUACAAAUAUUUGAAAAAUUAACGCUCAAUAAAUAUGUACAAUAAAACUAUGAAACGAAUUUAUCACUUUACACCCGCAGACAAACACAUACACAUAAAGUGACAUAUGUAUGUACAAUUAGUUGUUGGACGAGUUUAACGUACACAGGCAACUCUGCCGCUUGCAAAAUGUAUUUAUACAAAAUCUUACUGUAAUUUAUGCAAAAGUAAUUAUUCAACAUAAAUAUGUUUGCUGUGUAAAUGUGUAAUAGAGUCUAAGUGCAUAUGUAUAUGUAUAUAUGUAUGUAUGUACACAAGCAAAAACUUCCAUAUUGUCAAAAUGGCUCUUGAGAAAGAAAGAGGGGAAAAAUGUUAAGGAGCAAAAGUUGUAGAACAAAGGGGAGCAGUAAGUAAAUUAAAGAGCGAAAUUGAAAAAAGUAGAAAAAAAACGAAUUUUAUAUUGCAUGCACAUGCAGGGUGGCGCAAAAUUAAUCACGCUGUAAUUUAUAAUUUUUGCAAAAACCAGCCAUAUUUCACACUUGUGAACUGGGUAGCUGCAGUAUAUACACACACACACACGCAGACAUGUAAUGGAGCGUGUAAAGGCCCAAAAAAAGAUUUCCAUUACUCAAAAUUAUUAUUAUUUUUUUAAUUUAGUAAAAAGACACAGACAGACAAUGGAGCACGUAAAGAUCCAAAUAAAGAAUUCCAUCGCUCAAAAUAACUUUUUUUAAAUUUAGAAAACAAAGACACACAGGCAAACUAUAGAGCUCAAAAUAAGGAUUUCCAUCACUCAAAUCUUUUUUUUUUAAAUCAGUAAAAAAUGACAUACAGACAAGCAAUGGAGAGCUUUCCGGCACAAACAAAGAAUUCCAGUGCUCAAAAUUAUUUUUUUGUUGUUUUCAAAUUUUUCAAAAAAAACAAAAACAAAACACAAAUUCGAUGUUUAAUUCUACGCCACCUUGUAUAAAAUAAAUGAAAAAUAAAUUUCAAAGAUUUUAUCAACAAUUUUUAAUGAUUAUUUGAAAAUUUUCUUUUUCAAGGGACAAUAAAUAUUGCAUAUUGCGAUAUUAUUUGGCUGCAAGUCUGUAUUAUGUAUAAUAAUUUUUCAAAAAGUGUAUUAUAAACUAUAUUUUUAAUAUUAUGUAAAAUGAAAAUAUAAAUACAACUACAAAAUAUACUAUAUACAAACAAAAAACGUUAAACAAGUGAAAGCGAAAUAAGGAAGCAUUAAAUAAUAAAUAUUUACUACCAAGUUGCUAAAUUAUACACAAAAAAAAAAACUAUGAAAAAGGCUGGAAUAAAAA